AUGGCAACUUGGACGCGUUUCAAGUUGCUUCUGGUCAUGGUCACCACUCUGGUGACCAUCGUUGCUGCCUCGGCUGAAUGCCACGACAUCGAGACGGUCUUCCUUCAGGACCCCCGUACUGGAGAGCAGUACGAGUUUGGAGAGAUUAAUGUUUUGCCUCGGGCCUUGUUCGGUCGUGCUGUCCACGCUGCGGAACUGAUCACCGUCACCGUCACACACACUACUUGCGGUCACGAAGCAACCACAACGGUCACCACUGAUGUUCCGUGCACCACGUCUCUCACCACUGAGUCUACUACUCCGGUCCCCGCUCAGGUCACUCCCCCUGCACCUGGAGUUUCUCAGUCUACUGUGCCAACUACCUCCUCGACCUUGGUGCCUGUCACCAGUCAGACUUCUGUGUCUAGCGUCCCCCAGGUGUCUACUCAGUCAUCUAUUCCGGCCUCCACAGAGACUUCUGUAUCCGGCACUCCUAAGGUGUCUACUCAGUCUACUGUUCCGGUCACCAUCCAGACUUCUAUUACCAGCACUCCUGGGGCGACCCCCCAAUCAUCUGUGCCUACCAAUCCUCACAGUUCUGUUCCUGGAACUAUUGAGGUGACUACCUACUCGUCUGUGCCUGUUGUCCCUCACAGUUCUGUCCCCAGCGCUACCAAGGUGACCACCAAUUCUUCUGUACCCGGUACAACGCAGACUUCUGUACCUGGCACCACUUUUGUGACCAGCAAGUCUUCCGUACCUAGAACCGCUGAGACCCCAGUGCCAAGUACUACUGAGGUUCCUACUGGAAGUAGCUCUGUGACCAAUACUGGAUCUUCCACGGUUACUGCCACUGCCACCGAGUCAAUUUCUUCAUCUUACCCUAAUACUACCAGCGUGGCUCCUGUUCCUGCUACCUCUGCUGAGGAUCACACCAGUUCCACGGUUUCUGGUACUGUCACUAAGGUGACAACAAGUCUCAAUGCUACCAGCGUGGUUCCUGUUCCUGCCACCACUGCUGUGGACCACACCACGUCUACGAGUCCUGGCACGGUUACCGAAGUGACUACCGAGACGAUCUCUUCGCCUUGCCCUUCCCCCUCUGAGGUGACUACUGAGUCAAUUACAUCUUCUCGUCCUACCAAGGUGGUUCCUGUCCCUGGUACUACUGGAAUUGCUUACACGAACUCAACUGUUCCUCAAGCUCCUAGCACUGUGUCUAUUGUGCCUAGUGGUUACAUAUCUCCUCACGCCAACUCAACUGAGCUGGCUCCUACUCCAGUGACCACUGAAAUCACUAUCACCGUUGAGAUUUCUUGCACCGAGAGCACCAAGUGUGUCAGUACCAAGGUUCUUACCACCAGCACCCUGCCAGUCUUGAAGACAACUGCUCCGGCUGUCACUCCACAGGCCACUACAACCACUGUUCCCGCUCCUGUCUCAGUCUCCACUGAUCUGAUCACUGUCACGGUCGACAUUCCUUGCACCGAGGCCACCAAAUGCAUCAGUACCAAGGUUUAUACCGCCACCCCUACGGAGACUACUACCAUCUCUGUGACUCCAAUCCCGGCUACAGUUCCUGUUCUGCAGACCAUCACAGAAGUGGUGACUACCGUGAUCCAGCCGACUGUUCCUGGUGCCCCUCCCCAGGAGAUAACCAAGACUGUGACUACUGUCAUUCAGCCUACUGCUCCUGUCCCCGUUCCGCAUACUAGCACUGAGCUUGUGACCACUGUCAUCCGGCCAACUGUUCCUGGUGCCCCUCCCCAGGAGACCACCAAGCUUGUCACUACUAUUAUCCAGCCGUCUGUUCCUGCUCCAGUUCCGCAGGCUCCCACUCACGAGGUGACUACUGAGAUCAACCCAACUGAGUUGGUCCCACUUCCACAUGCUACCACUGUCGAGGCUACUACUCUGGUCAAGGUUCCGGCUCCUCCUACUGAACAGGGUACUACAACCGAGCCCAAGAUUUCAGUUGUGCCUCCUCAGCAGCUUACCCACACCCAGAAGGAUACUGUCCCACCAUCUCCUCACAGUACUUCUUCCAGUGGCACAAUCUCCCCUUCUCCUAUUUUCAACGGUGCCAACACCGCUGGAAUCACGGACUGUGGUCUCUUUGCCAUGAGCAUUUUGAUUAUGUUCUCUCACAUCUUUCACAUGAUUAUGUGA